AUCCUUUAUCCGUAAAAGGAAACGAAAUCCAAAACGAUUUUCAAAAUUUUAAAAAAAAAAUCAACUUUCUCUCUUUCUUGCCUCACUCUGUCAGUUUCAGAAUCCAACACUUAUUUUCUUUUUGAUUUUUCCAGUUUUAAAAGGGGAAAAGAAAGAAAAUGUUUGAACCGCAUCACUUCGUAGAUUUACAAGACAAUUCGGAUUUAGAUUCCAAAUCCUGGCUUUCAGGAGAUAUCAGCAACUCGUCGCCGAUUCACCAUCGAACUCAGUCCUCACUCAAUCACUCUAACGGCAAUGUGGAUCGCGUGCUUUACAAUGAUCUCGUUGAAAUGAUCCCUCUCGUUCAGUCCCUCAUUGAGCGUAAAGCAAACAGUUCAUUUACAAGGCGUGGUUCGAUUAUAUACACCAAGACGCCUUCAAGGGAAUCCCUAUCCCGAAAAGCUACUGAUCUAAAAGGGAGGAAUGCAGCUCAAUCCAUUCCUGUGAGAAAGAAAAAGGACCAAGUAGACCAGAGUGAUGGUAAUAACCAAGAUGGUGACAACUACUCAAUCUUUUCCUCAAGGGCUUUGUCAUCGGAAAAAGAAAAUGAGGAGUUAAUUGCAUUGAGGGAACAACUGGACGAUCUGCAAAGAAAGUUGCUGGAGAAAGAUGAACUUCUCAAAUCAUCAGAGAUUUCAAAGAAUGUGAUUAAUGAUCUUCAUGCAGAACUUGAUAAAUUGCACAGAUAUUUAGGAGAAAGGGACUCUUUAGUCAAGUCUAUUCAGAUGCAACUCUCUGAUGCCAAGAUUAAGCUUGCAGACAAGCAGGCUGCCUUGGAAAAGACACAGUGGGAAGCAAUGACAUCUAAGCAAAAGGUGGAGAAGCUGCAAAAUGAUAUAGACUCCAUGCAAGGAGAAUUUUCAUCAUUUAUGGUGUUGUUAAAUGGUUUGACAAAGAAUAAUCCUACUACACGUGCUGAAGAUUAUGAUGUAGCACCAUGUCAUUUGGAUCAUCUUCCUUAUAUAGAUGAUUUAGAUGACAAGGAGAUGCAGAAUAUGGAAGAAGUAAGACAAGCUUAUGUUGCUGCUCUUGCUACAGCCAAAGAGAAGCAAGAUGAAGAAUCCCUUGCUGCUGCAGCCAGUGCAAGGCUACAUCUUCAAUCAUUUCUUUUCAAAUCCGAAGAUUUGGAAGAAAGCAAUUUUGAUAGGGGAAGAGACAGAGGUUGAAUUGGAAGAGGGAAAUGAGCAUUUGAAUUUGAAAACCAGAGAAAUGCAUGGAAUGAAUAAGGGAGUUAACAGUGCGAGCUCAUGAUG